CCUGGGCACCGGCGCCCACUUCUCGGCCGCUCUCUCCCAGGUCAGCGGCAGGGCUCGCUCCCGCGGCCCCGCGCUUCCUACCCAGGUCUCGAGUCUUCCUCGGAGUUCUGCCCGGCCCCCGCCUCCGCCAGAGGGAGCGGAAGGCCGAGACCAUUAGGUCGGCCUGGGGGCGGAAGGCGGGCGCGCGUGGGCGCGGGGGACGCAGUGAUGUCCACCGGCUCCGUGAGCGACCCCGAGGAGAUGGAGCUGCGGGGGCUGCAGCGGGGGUACCCGGUCCCCGCCUCCAAGAGGCCGUCCCUUCGCGGCGCCGAGGGCAGCUACAUCUCUCCCAGUGACAACUCGUCGGCCGAGGAGGAAGACCCCGAUGGCGAGGAAGAGCGGUGUGCGCUGGGCGCGGCCGGAGGCGCGGAAGGCUGCAAGAGGAAGCGGCCGCGUGUGGCUGGGGGCGGCGGCGGCAAGAAGCCCCUCCCGCCCAAGGGCUCGGCGGCCGACUGCAAGCAGUCACAGCGGAACGCAGCCAACGCCCGCGAGCGCGCCCGGAUGCGCGUGCUGAGCAAAGCCUUCUCCAGGCUCAAGACCAGCCUGCCUUGGGUGCCCCCCGACACUAAGCUUUCGAAGCUGGAUACGCUGCGGCUGGCUUCCAGUUACAUCGCGCACCUGCGGCAGCUGCUGCAGGAGGACCGCUACGAGAACGGCUACGUGCACCCGGUGAACCUGACAUGGCCAUUCGUGGUGUCAGGACGACCCGACUCGGACACCAAAGAAGUUUCGGCAGCCAACAGAUUAUGUGGGACCACCGCUUAGAUCGAACACAGUUGCUGGGAUUAUUGUUGAAGCGUCUGUGUUUGGGGGCGGAGAGAAAGGAGCGUGAGAACCACCACCCCUCCCGCCAGAGAAUGCGGGAAAGUUCCAUCGGAUUCUCCUAAAUUCUCCUAGACAGCUCCCCACCCGAACUGUGAACACGACACAUGGCGGGUGUCGGGAUCAGAGCCCGAAGGGUUGGCCGCGCGGCUGUCAUCGCAGGACGCUGAGGGCUGCGGCUGCUGCGGAUCCCGGGGAGGACAGUUUGUUUCUCCAAAAAGAGUUUCCUUCUGUCUGUACAGCGCGGAACCAGAUCCAACCUCGGACUUUAGCAGUAGACGAACCCGGCGCCAAACCGCCUAGGAGUUAGUUUCCCGACUGCGCCAGAUCUCUGUGUACGACGGCACGGCUCUGCACAGCACAGGCGUGUGCUAGGUUAGGCAAUGCUUACUUAGAACGUGCUCAGGAUGAUUGGCUUUAAAGACAGCAGUGUUCGCGGGAGACCAACAUCGGGGCGUGUUUUUAAAUUGCAAAGACGGGAGAGUGGCGUACUUGGGCCAGGUUUGUACCCCACAGGGCAGCAGCCUCCUAGAUAAGGGGCUGCCCUCUGCACAGGGAGAGAUGGAGGCACGCUUUCAGGGACCACCCGGCCCGGGUUUGCCGGGAGCGCACUGGGCGGUUCUGCCUUCUCCUGGCUG